AUGGCAGCUAACAACACCUAUAUCGUGGAGCAGGUGUUUGGCUACCUGGGGCUUGUGAUGUGGUCAUUCCAGCUUGUUCCUCAAAUUUACAAAUCCUAUAGACGUAAAACGACUGAAGGCGUAUCGCCAUGGGCAAUGUUGAUAUGGGCACUUUCAGGAGUCUUUCUUGGAAAUUACAACAUCGGCGUUCAGGUCGCUGUGCCACUGAUCGUUCAACCACAGCUUUUUUCUUUCUUUGCAUAUGUUUGUCUCGCCCAAGAACUAUAUUACAGGUAUCUUUGGAAUCGGUGGAGAUCAACAGCUGCAUUCAUAUUCCUGUGCCUCGCUUCAAGUGGCCUUGAAAUUGGUCUCGUGUUCGGAUACUGGGCAGCCGAUCAUCAUCACAACAAGCAAGUCAUUGAUUUUUUCGGGUUGCUUCCAGUGGUCGCGAUAUUAGUAGGUUUCAUACCACAGUAUUGGUCAAUUGCUCGCGAGCGACGGGUAGAAGGCAUCUCACAUGUAUUUCUCGGCAUGGAUUGUUUGGGAAGCGUGUUCUCAUGCAUAAGUUUGGCGUUUCGUAGUGAGAUUGAUGCACUGACUCUUGUCAACUAUUUAUCCAUCGCCGUACUUGAUCUUGGCAUCAUUUUUCUUUAUUACGUUUUCAAAUGGUGGAACAAUAGAAAAGCACAGCGCCAACCAUCGCUAACGAUUCAACAGCAGCAGCAACCUCAGGAUGAGACUACAACAACUACUACGCUUGCUCAAGAUGAUAUUGCUGAGAAAGGGUUGUCACCUCCUACUAGUGGUGGUAACAACUAA